AUGGCCGAACCUAAAGACGCCAAGAACGAGUCCGGGACCGGCCCCGUGCCGGAGCCCCUCAGGAUCCCGCUCGGGGAUGCUGGGGUGGCAGAGCCGUACAGCAUUUUCACUCGGAAGGAGAAAUGGUUCAUCGUCGGGAUGGUUGCUGUUGCCGGGUUCUACAGCCCUCUACCUGCCAAUAUCUAUCUUCCUGCGAUACCCAAGCUGUCUGAAGCAUUCGGUAAAUCUGUCGAGCUGCUUAACUUGACUGUUACUGCCUUCCUUGCGAUGCAGGGCAUAUUGUUUUUGGUCUGCUUGACAGUCCUCAUCGGAGCAUGUGUUGGAAUUGCUGUCUGCCCUACAGACGCGUUCUGGCUCCUGAUCGUCCUUCGCUGCCUGCAAGCGGCGGGUUGUGCUAGUACUAUCGCAUUGGGCGCGGGUGUGAUCGGUGACAUAUCGACACCGGAAGAGAGAGGAGGCUUCUUUGGCAUGUUCAACCUUGGGCCCAUGAUUUCCCCCUGCAUCGCUCCCGCAAUUGGUGGUGCCCUGUCUGACAAGCUUGGAUGGCGAUCAAUCUUUUGGUUUUUGAUUGUGAUGGCGGUUUGCUGCCUUCUCUUCAUCUUACUCUUCCUCCCGGAGACUCUUCGUAACCUCGUCGGCAACGGUAGUGUUACCCUGGGGGGUGUAUACACGCCACUUGUUCCUGUAGUAGGCCGCUCCCGCAAGAAGCAAAGGACAACGCCCUCGAAGCCUGGAGUUCGCCCCUCCAUCAACCCCUUUGUCAUCCUCGUCUACCCCGACGUUGCCAUCACGCUGGCCUUCACUGGCGUUGUGUACGCUGUUAAUAACACCGUCGUGACUACUGUUGCCUCGUCCUUCGCUAGGGUCUACCCAUGGCUAUCUGAGACAGCGCUUGGCCUGUGCUACCUUCCCACAGGCUUCGGAAUGAUUGUUGGGAGUACCUUAACCGGCAAAUUCCUCGACUGGGACUACGCCCGGAUCAAGAAGCGUGUGGAGGAGUCUGAUGGGGUACUCGAGUUUCCCAAGGAGUACGCCCGAUUGAGGACUAUGCCUGUACUCCUUGUGCUCUUCUCGGGGGCGGUGAUUGCCUGGGGCUUCUGCGUAGAUAAAGGCGUACACAUCGCCGUCCCACUCUCUUUGCAGGUCGUUUUGGGAUACACCUCCAUCUCAAUCCUCAACACCACCAUGACACUGAUGAUUGACAUCCUGCAGACCAGGAGCUCAGCAGCAACCGCUUGUACCAACCUUGUGCGAUGCCUACUGGCCGCUUUGCUUGUGGGUCUUAUUGAUAGAAUGACUGCUGCCCUUCGCGUGAGCUGGAGCUACGUCCUUCUAGGCGGUGCAUGCGCCUUAAUGCUACCUCUCAUGUAUAUCGAGAUGAAGUUUGGUCCAAAGUGGAGGCUGACCCGUGACUUGAAGUCGAUCGAGGAUUAG